AUGGCUGACUCUUCACAUCAUCACUCUCUUCCAUCCCCCAAAAAGGCCAAAAAGACCACCAAAACCGGCGGCCGCACCACCACCGGAAAACACCCGACGUACCGCGGCAUUAGGCGCCGGGGCGAAAAAUGGGUCUCCGAGAUUCGCGAGCCGAGGAAAACGACCCGCAUAUGGCUCGGCACCUACCCCUCGCCGGAGAUGGCCGCCGCCGCCUACGACGUGGCGGCGCUCGCCCUAAAAGGCCGCGGCAAUGUCGCGUUGAACUUCCCGGGCCGCGCGGGCUCGUUUCCGGUUCCGUUUCCGGCUUCGCCGGAGGAUAUUCGGAGAGCGGCCGCACGUGCGGCGGAGAUGAUGGGUCUGGCAGGCGGCGGCGUGGUGGCGGAGGAUCGUGACCGGCCGGGAGAGAGUUAUUUGGCGAGCGGUAGUGGUGGGUGUGAUGAGUAUGUCGAUGAGGAUGUGUUGUUCGAUAUGCCGAAUUUGUUGGUGGAUAUGGCGGAGGGGAUGCUCAUCAGCCUGCCGAGGAUGGGGUCGCCGCCUUGGGACGAUUGGCCGAGCAGCCAAUCGGAAAAUUUGUGGAGUUACUAUUGA